GAAAAGAGGAAGAAGAAGAAGAACCCGCAGGAAUCCCAAGAAGAAGAAACAGCAGUAUCGGCAGGUUUGGAUCAGGCAUGGGUUCGGCUGGCUGGACGGUCGGAGGAGGUUCUGGCUCGGUUCCGGGCGCAUGAGCUCGGUUCGGGUCCAGUUCGGCUGGUAUUUGUUGGAAUGUUUUGUUCUGAUUGUUGGACUCAGAGACGGACCGCCAGCAGGAUGCUAACUGCUAGCUGCAGCAGCGGGGUGGACCGGGCCAUGCGGCCGGAGGAACCGCGUCCUUUUAUGGACCGGAACCAGCGAACCCUGCUGCUAGAACGCUUCUAGACAGGAGGCACUCUGAUAGAUCUACAUCUAUGAGAUGAGGAGACAGCGGUCCAUUUGGACCACAGGACUGGUUCUGCCGAAGGUGAAGCCCUGCAUGGCUAACCAGCUGGAGCGCCCCCUGGAGGCUAGCCGGGUUAAGGUUAGCUCUAACCCUAACCGCCCCCUGGAGCCACCAAGGAGCAGCUGUGAGGUCAUCAGCGUUGUCAUGGUAACUAUAACCAUCCAGCGAAGUUCUGCUGCUUCAGCUCCAAUCAGAAGCAUCAGCCAAUGGGAGCACAGCUCCAGCAACCCGCUGACUCUGAUUGCAGGAGAUGGGAGCCAAUCAGAAGAGGGUCCAGGUGGAAUGACAUCAUCAUAUCACAGGUGGUUCUGCUGCAGACGCUUCGCCCACAGAGGGCAGCGGAUGUUCCGGUUCCGAUGCUGCCGUCCAUCCAGACUGCGGUUACCACGGCGAUCUGAGGUUCCGGUUCUGACUGGUUCUCCUCUGCAGGUUGCCGUGGCGAUGAGGAGGCGGGACAUCCAUCCUGUGGGUCGGUUCUGGAGAACCUCACACUGGAACCGGCUCCCUGUGGAUCAUUCAGAACCAGGCUGGGUUCUGACCCGCUUCAGUUCGUCUCCAGAACCGUGAUCCGGGCCUCUCCAGAACCCAUCACUGUAACCAUGUCGUGUUCCGGACAGGAACCCAAACACCAGAACCAAAGAACCCAUCCCUGGUUCUGUCAGCGGGUCCGGUUUGUUCUGGAGCGGUUCUGGGAUGCAGUGGAGCAGUUCUACAGCAUUCGGGUCAAACCAGAACCAGGAGAAGAUGAACCAGAACCAGGACAUGGCGUGGAGAUCCGCUCGUUUCCGCUCCUGAAGAAGCUGUCAGUCACACUCACUGACUGCAGGGCGUGGCUGAAGGGGCGGGACUUCCUCUGUCUGGGCGAGCGCCCCUGGCCCCAGCGCACCAACAGCGGCAGGAAGAUGGUGUACUGCCCCACCUGUCAGAGGGGCUUCUACAAGCAGGCCCACCUGGAGGCCCACCUGUGGAGCCAUCGAGGACAGAAACCCAACGAGUGCUGGCAGUGCGGGAAGACCUACCCCACCGUGAUGAGUCUGGCGGUUCACCAGCAGGUCCACGGCCGCAGCCAGCCCUACCGCUGCUCCUACUGCGACCGCACCUUCGCCCUGAAGAGGGACUGGAAGACCCACCACCGCACCCACUCCGGGACCAGGCCCUUCCGCUGCUGGUUCUGUGGGGAUGGCUUCAGCGAGCAGGACCAGCUGGACCGGCACCUGGAGCUCCACAAGGACGAGCGGUCCUACCACUGCGAGCUCUGCGACAAGAUGUUCGUGUCCUACCAGGGCUUCAACUUCCACCGCAAGUCCCACAAGAAGUCCAAGCGAGUGCCCUGCCUGCAGUGCUCCAAGACCUUCAGCAACCCCCAGAGCCUGAAGGUCCACCAGGCCACGCACUCCAGCCGCAAGCCGCACACCUGCCCCACCUGCGGGAAGGGCUUCAAGCUGCACGGCGGCCUGCGCAGCCACCAGCGCGUCCACGGCGGCCUGAAGGAGUACCGCUGCUCUGAGUGCAGCAAGUGCUUCUCCAGCCUGCAGGGCCUGAAGCUGCACCACCGCACCCACACCGGCCUGAAACCCUACGCCUGCUCCCACUGCGGGAAGAGGUUCACCCAGGCGCCGCACCUCAAGUCGCACAUGGUCACCCACACGGGCGAGCGCCCCUUCCUCUGCACCACCUGCGGCAAACGCUUCACCCAGUCGUCCCACCUGCGCUCCCACUUCAAGCUCUUCCACCUGGGAGAGAAGCCCUUCAGCUGCGCCGACUGCGGGAAGAGCUUCACCAUUGCGCACUACCUGAAGAUGCAUCGUCUGAGCCACACCAAGGAGAAACUCUACCACUGCUCCUACUGCCACAAGGCCUUCUCCUACCACAACUCCUGGAGGGCCCAUGAGCGGAUCCACACCGGCGAGCGCCCCUUCCGCUGCCGGGACUGCGGCCGCACCUUCGUCACGUCCGGCUCGCUGCUGGGCCACCGCCGGGCCGUCCACACCGGCGAGAAGAACCACUACUGCAUCACCUGCGGCCGCUUCUUCUUCACCAGCUCGCUGCUGCGGGUCCACCAGCUGGACCACACCGGCGAGCGGCCGCACGCCUGCAGCUGCGGCAAGACCUUCAAGACCAAAGGAGUCCUCCGCUUCCACCUGAAGAGGUUCACCCAGCACCAGCCGGCGCGCUAGGCCGUCCUCCCUCUGCCACCGCCGCAGCAGGUAGGGACCUGGGACGGCUGGGCCGCAGCUGCGACCCGCUGCCAUGACCCGCCGCUGUGACC